AUGGCUGCGUCGCCGCCGACUCCUCUGCAGUCUAUCUUAGCCGGAGGAGCUGCUGGCGGUGUCGAGUCCCUCGUCACUUAUCCCACCGAGUACAUUAAGACACGGAUGCAACUUAUCUCCGGGGGAGCACCGUCUGUCUCCCCACCUCGCCUCCUGCUUCAGACGAUUCGAGACCAUGGAAUUCGGACGCUGUACACUGGUGCAGGCGCCUUCUGUGUUUCCAAUGCCUUGAAAUCCGGCGUUCGAUUUCUCACCUUUGACAUUGUCAGAGGCAAGCUGCCGAAGAAUCCCGAGACAGGCAAGCCCACGACCCUUAAUACAAUGGUCUCUGGAGUCAUGGCUGGGGUAACAGAGAGUCUCACCGUCGUGACACCGGGGGAGAGCAUCAAAACGAGAAUCGUCGAGGAACGAUCAAAGGGAACAACGUCGACUUUUGCAGUCAUCCGCUCCAUGGCAGCCUCACAAGGAAUCCGUGGCUUUUACCGCGGAGUGCUUCCUGUCACCAUGAAGCAGAGUUCCAAUGCAAUCGUACGAUUCACUUCAUACCACACACUUUUCAGUUUGCUACAAGGUGCUCUUGGGAGUUUCGCGGCUCCCUUUGCUGGUGCAUGUGCGGGUGUGGUGACGGUUUACGCCACGAUGCCUUUCGACACUAUCAAGACCAAAAUGCAAGGUACAUCAGGCAGGAGUGGUCAGAGAACACUGCACUACGUCGCCCAGACGAUAAAGGAAGCCGGGAUACGGGGUCUCUGGAAAGGCACUACGCCCCGACUGCUCCGUCUUAGUGUUUCGGGCGCCCUUAGUUUCACGAUUUACGAAUACGUCCUCGAUAUUUCAAGGAAAGCAGAGGUAAGGGAACCUAAUUUCGUUAUACUAUAA